AUGUCAUAUCAUAUCCUAUGCGCCACGCCACAAACAGUUCCUUUUAUAAACGCUAGCCAAAUCCUAUCACUUCUAGACAAGCCCCAAUUGAAUGCUGAGAAACCUGCACCUACGAUUCCUCCACCGAGACACCCCGACGCCUCCAGAGCCGCCUCAACAGCCAUGCUCGUCGAAUGCGGUAAGCACCCUUCCUUACCUGGCCUCACGGCCAUUACAAAUUAAUGAGAUUUCCAGUAAAUAAAUUCCCGCAAGUCAGUUUAUAACCGCCGUCUUCGGGGCUCGUUUUCCCACUACUUUCGAUUACUUUCGAAUGUUUUGACGGGAUUUUUCAGACGCAAUUUUUGAUGUGAUUGUUUAGUACACGUUUUUACAGUAUUACAUAGUAAGAGAAAAACUUGGUAUAUAUGACUAUAAACAUGUACCUUUUUCUAUUAUUUUCCCGAAAAUAAUUAGAAUUAAUGCUUUUUCAACCCAAAAUUUUGAAAAAACCUCAAAAAACAUCCGGCAAAAUGACCGAUAUUGUACGUAAAUUCAUUAGUAUAACUAAUUAAUAGAGUUCGAGAUUAAUUGUUUUACUAGACUAUGCCUUCGCUUUGCGCGAUAUUCACACCUGGAUAGUCGGGGUGAAAAUUAUGAUGAAUUAAUGUUGUCCUGCUUUCGGCUGCUCAAAUGAGUAAUAAAAUUAAAAAAAAUUAUUAAAGAAGUGAUUUUAUGCAAUUUCUGCAGUAUUCAAAUUGUAUUUGAGACUUGAUUUUUUUUAAUUUUUUUGAUUUGCUUUUCAUUAUUUUUGAAAAUUUUAUACUUCAAAUUUACCGUAGUUUUUGUCUCGUGCAGUGGGGGACCUGAUCCAGUGGCAAAAAACGUACCAUUUUGCAUCAAGGAAGCAAAAAAAAUGUGGCAAAAUGCUUCCAUCUCCAAGCGAAAAAACUUCGUUUUGAAGGGCUCCCUCACAAAAAGAGCGGGCGCGCUUUUGAAAUCGGAAUUUUUCACGUGGAGGGGAGGUAUUUUACCACAUGAUGCUUCCUGGAUGCAAAAUGGUACGUUUUUUGCCACUGGAUCAUAUCCGGCACUGUAUGAUUUUCAAGCCGCAUUUUGUCGGUCAAAUAAUUUUUUAGGGCCUGUAUAUUAGGUUGUAUAAGCAUUGUCAUUACUAGCCUCUCAGAAUUCUCAGAUUUAAGGCGUAUUUUUGUUUUAGCACCUUGGGAUGCCCUCAUUUCUUAAUUUCUUUUCUCCGAUGUUUUAGCCGGAGGCCGAUGUGCUACUGGUUCCUGUAAUCUACUGUCUCCACCCUACCCAGCGGUAUGCUAUUCAACUCUGAAAAAAGCAUCAUUAAAGUUUUAGGAAUUUUAGAAAAUUAUGGUCAUAACUUAUUAUACAACCUAAUAUUUUUUUCACUCUUUGCCAGCCUUACCUCAAAAAUCCGUUGAAGAAAUGUCACAGAUAAUCUAAUUGGCCCAACUUUUUCUCUGCCCUCUUUUCAGAACCCAAUGGGCUCCGCGGAAAGUAAAAACAAAUCCGGAAAAGUGGGAAUAGAUCAGCCCGCCGGUGCCAACGACAAAAAGUAUCGGCUUUACAAUUUGGUGGACAUGCAUGGAGGCGGGGAGCUGAUCCCAUGGAUGCGGUAUGGAAUGAACAGCGGUGAUUUCUCGCUGAUUGAUGGCUACAUGGAGACGAAGGUCAUGGUAAGAAAUUUUUUCAAAAAUUUUGAAUUUCAAAAAUUUGAUGCUCAAAAAUAUGCAAAUUUUUCUAAUCUUCAAAACAAAUUUUUGGGUGUAAAAUGUAUGCCAUCGAUCCUUUAAAUUUUCCAGGACAUGAUGUACAAUGGUGGAAAAGGCAAAUUGGAAAGUGUGGCCGAAUUGGUAAAACGCCGAAAUAAGGAGAGAAAUGAGAGAUUGGGAGCGUUCAGUCGAAAGAAAGGAAAGGGAAAAAGUGGCCCCAACAUUUUGGAUGACUUCAAUCAGGAGCAAAACCAAGGAGACUUGAAGAAAGGUAAAAAUUCAACCCCGAAAAUAGAGGUUUUAAAUACAGUAGGGGACCUGAUCCAGUGGCAAAAAAUGUAUCAUUUUGCAUCCGGGAAGUAUCAAAAAGACGGCAAAAUGCUUCCAUUUCCAAGUGAAAAAACUCCGAUUUCAAACGCGCGCCCGCCCUUAACUAAGUUUUUUCACCUGGAGAGGGAAGCAUUUUGCCACAUUUUUGAUGCUUCCCGGAUGCAAAAUGGUAUGUUUUUUUGCCACUGGGUCAGGUCCCUCACUGUACGCUAUACUCCUCGGUAUUAUGGACUAAACCGCGUUCUCCGUAUUGCAUUUUUACUUGGUAUAUACAUAAAAUAAAGCUUUGUUUCAGCUCUAAAACUUCUCGAUGGUGGUAAAGGAGGAAAAGGAGAUGCCAAAUAUAGAGAAGUGGUUUGGAAAAUGGAGGAGAGAGGUAAGCAAAAUUAUCCCAUUCAGAAACGUCGCAAAAAAAUCAUGAUGUUUCUGAUGGGAUAUUUGAGUCAUACUCCCGGUAUCUUCCGCUAUUAGAACUUUUUACAAAAUUUUUUUAUUUUUCAGGUUCGAUGGGAGAAAACCUCGUCGGCUGUUGCUUGAUGCAGGGCAGCGUUAUCCACAACAAAUUAGCCGUCUACAUGUUGGAGCACUACCCCAAACUUGUCAAUGAUAUCUUCAUUUCUGAAGAUUAUUAUGGCCUUUCCCCACUGCAUCAAGCGAUCGUCAACGAAGACCCCUGGAUGAUGUGUUUCUUGCUGCGAAAAGGCGCUGACAUUAAUCAGCGUUGCUAUGGCGCGCUUUUCUGCCCGGAUGAUCAAGUCAGCAGCAGAACCGACUCUCUGGAACAUGAAUAUGUGGAGGUGAAUUUGUCUAAUACGAAUUAUGUAGGGUGAGUUGGUGGAACACCAAAUGGAAUUUUUUUAAAUUCAGGAGAAUGUAUUUUGGCGAGUAUCCACUUGCAUUUGCGGCAAGUACUGGCCAACAAGAUUGCUAUCGGAUUUUGAGGGCCUGUAGGGCUGAUCCAAAUUCGCAGGAUACGAAUGGGAAUACCGUGUUGCACAUGACAGUGAUUCAUGAGAAUUUGGUAAGUGACUAGGAAGAAAGUGGACCUUGUACAGUGGGGGACCUGAUUCAAUGGCAAAAAGCGUACCAUUUUGCAUCCGGAGGUAUAAAAAAUGUGGUAAAAUGCUUCCCUCUCCAAGUGAAAAAAUUUCGUUUUGAAGGGCGCGCCCUUUGUCCUCACAAAAAAAGCGGGGGCGCUUUUGAAAUCUGAGUUUUUUCUCUUGGAGAAGGAGGGAUUUUGCCACAUUUUUUGGUACCUUCUAGAUGCAAAAUGCAACCCAACACAAAAGAAAAAUGUCUCCCGUCCACAUUUUGAAUUUGUCGCAAUUGAUCUGGUGGCAAAAAACGUACCAUUUUGCAUCCGGGAAGUAUCAAAAAUCUGGCAAAAUGUUUCCCUCUCAAAGUAAAGAAACUUCGUUUUGAGGCGCGCCAUUUUUCUCACAAAAGAGCGGGCGCGCUUUUGAAAUUUUUCACUUGGAGAGGGAAGUAUUUUGCCACAUUUUUUGAUACUGCCUGGAUGCAAAAUGGUACAUUUCUUGCCACUGGAUCAGGUCCCCCACUGUAAGUGAUAUAAAAAGGAAAACGUUUUGCCGUGCCUAUCAUUGAUUUUCAGGACAUGUUCCGACUGGCUCACGCAACUGGAGCCAAACUUCAGGUCAUGAACAAGCAGAAACUCACCCCACUGACUCUAGCAGCCAAGUUGGCCAAGAAAAGGGUGAGUAAUUGCCGUAGCAGGGGUUCAGCAAAAGUCUAUAUUACAUAUUCAUCUCGGCCCACAUAGCGGUGCGCUAAAACAAAGGAAAACCACAAGACAUUGCUCAAGUUCACAACGCCAUUUUGUCACCGUAUUAUAAACACAAUUUUGUGGCCAUUGCAGAUGUUCGAGCAAAUUCUUCAACUCGAAAGCAGUGUAGUUUGGAAUUAUGGAGACGCCGCUAGCACUGCGUUCCCACUGGCCAAGAUCGACACCAUAAAUCAAGAGACUGGCGAGCUCAACGAGGAUUCUGCGUUGUCGCUGAUCGUCUAUGGAGUAAGCAAAUAGCAUUUUGUAAAUUUACUUUCUGUCUUCAAAUGAACAAAAUCGAUGUUCUAUUCGUUGUAGAAGCGCCUUCGUGGGGGACCGGAUCCAGUGGCUAAAAACGCACCAUUUUGCAUCCGGGAACUAUCAAAAAUGUGGCAAAAUGCUUCCCCUUCCAAGUGAAAAAGCUUCGUUUUGAAGGGCUCCCUCACAAAAAAAGCGGGCGCGCUUUUGAAAUUGGAGUUUUUUCACUUGGAGAGGGAAGCAUUUUGCCACAUUUUUAAUGCCUCCUGGAUGCAAAAUAGUACGUUUUUUGCCACUGGAUCAGAUUCCCCCACUGUACGUUAAUCGCUUAUUUCAGGACUCCAAAGAACAUCUCGAUCUACUUGACGGUCUGCUUGAGGAAGUUCUCGAGUCCAAAUGGAGGGCUUUUGGCCGGCGGCGCUGGAUCGAGUCGCUCUGCGCUUUCACUGUCUACUAUGUCUUCUAUUUUGUCGCGUUUAUGAGUCGCCCAUUGGAAGACAACCGUGACUUGUCGGGCGACAACACCACUUCAGUCUCUGAGAAAUCGGGAUUCAUCGUUAAAGUCUCGAACAAAUUCGCGGAUGUCUUUUCGUCUUGGGCCGAUAACUCGUGGAUGUCCAAAGACAGUUGCCAUUUAUGGCAGUACAGAGCGUAUGGAGUGGAGGGAUACGUAGGUUGCGGAGAUUUUGAGUUGUUUUGCGCAACUUUUGUGAGCUUAAAGACAUCAACAGCUAUAAAAUCAACUAGUUUAGAUUCGAAUGGUAUGCGAGCUAAUGGUGUCUAUCAUGGUGCUAGCUCAGUUGUUCCUAGAGAUCCGCGAUAUUCGAAAUAUCGGGAGGAAAAGAUGGUGGCAAGUUUUGGUGAGUUUUUGGACCUGUUUCGAGACCAAAUGUCGAAAGCCAAGUGCUCGAAAUGCAUCGUAAAUUUUGCUCUAAGCUUGGGGAAAUUAAUAUUAUAAUAAAAAAUUGAAUUUCAUUACAGUGGAGGACCUGAUCCAGUGGCAAAAAACGUACCAUUUUGCUCCCGGGAAGUAUCAAAAAUGUGGCAAAAUGCUUCCUUCUCCAAGCGAAAAACUACGGAAAGGCUUGUCCGCUCUUUUUCCGAGGGAAAGGGCGCGCGUCGAAACAAAGUAUUUUCACUUGGAGAGGGAGGCAUUUUGCCACAUUUUUUAUACUUCCCGGAUGCAAAAAGAUACAUUUUUUUGCCACUGGACCAUGUCCUUCACUGUAGUUUUUGGACCUUUUCCGAGACCAAAUCUUGAAAGCCAAGUCCUCGAAAUGCAGCGUAAAUUUUGCUCUAAAUUUGAGGAAACUAAUAUCAAUCACAAAAAUUGAAUUUCAGAAAUCCUUCCCGGCCAAAAUUCUCUACAAAAUCUCACUUCUUUUCACCUUAUUUGUGAUCCCCCUGCGCUUUAUGUGCGGAAUUAGCCCUGAUUUCCUCGUAUUGGACAACUCGUUUUCUUUGCUGGCUGUGCUGAUGACAACAGUUCACUUUCUUUUUUACUGUCGAGCUGUGAAAUUCGUUGGACCAUUCGUGUUGAUGGUGUAUACGAUCAUCACUCGAGAUAUGAUCCGUUUCUUCUUGAUCUACUUUAUCUUCCUGCUUGGGUUUUCGCAAGGUUUUUAUGUCAUCUUUUUGGCCUGUCAACGAGAGGCGGAUUCACUCUAUGGGCGUGAGUUUACAGAAGACCAAACUUUACAAAUUUUUCGUGCCGAGACUCAUUUCUAAUCCAAAAAUCUUUAUUUUUUUAGCCCAUCAUCCCAACCGCACCAACAUUCUCGAUCAUCCCGCUGAGAGCAUGCUUCGCCUGUUUAUCACCACCAUCGGCGAAUUCACCGUAUUUUAUCGCGAACUCAACAAUUGCGCCGCCAAAGAGAUGGCCGUUUUGGGGAAAAUUUUGUUCGUCAUCUUCGAAAUGUUCGUAAGUCUUAUGCAGUUUAAUCUGCUGAUCGCUAUGAUGACACGGACCUACGAAUUGAUCUACCGGACGCAAAAGGAAUGGAAGAGACAAUGGGCUCAGGUUAUUUUGAUGCUGGAGCUGUCGUUGCAACCAGCCGAGCGUCUCAUGGCAUUGUUAAAAUAUUCAAGACCAAUUGGGACGGAUAAGAGGAGAAGAGCGUUCGUGGUGAACAGAAAGGUAAAUUCGAGGGGAGAUUGUACAGUGAAGGACCUGAUCCAGUGGCAAAAAGCGUAUCAUUUUGCCUCCGGGAAGUAUUAAAAAUGUGGCAAAAUGCCUCCCUCUCCAACCAAAAAAAAACUCCGUCUUGAACUGCGCGUCUUUUCUCUCACAAAAAGAGCGGGUGCGCUUUUGAAAUCGGAGUUUUUCACUUGGAGAGGGAGGUAUUUUGCCACAUUUUUUUAUACUUCCUGGAUACAAGAUGGUACGUUUUUUGCCACUGGAUCAGGUCCCCCCACUGUAAAAUACGGCACUGAAACUUAUAUAAAAAUAUUUUUUUCAGUUUAACGCAAUGAACGAAACAGAGAGAAUUCUGAAGGAAACGAUGGAAAACGAAAAACGCCUGGAGAAGAAACAGCUACUGAAACGCCGACUCAAAGGAUUCACCAAAGAGAAAGGAGAAAGAAGUUCCAGUUCCGCUGGCCACAUGAACUUUCAGACCUUGACAUCGCUAUUGGCGCCAACACCAAUGCCUGGACAUUCCAGAGAAGAUGCUUAG